GAUCACAGGGGGAAAAGGCAAGAAGAGGAGUGAGGAGAGGGGGACAUUAUGGGGGAGUACAGGAGUAAGGCUGACUUUUGAUGUUUGUGCAUGUGUGUGUGUGUGUGUGUGUGUGUUCUAUGAGUGUCUAAAGACAGAGAGGGAGGGAGAGUGUGUAUGGGAGAGAGAGAGAGAGAGAGAGAGAGAGGUUUCUCCUCAGUAGUUCCUCCUCUCAGCCUGACACCAGCAGUCUGCUCUUCCUCCUCCGCUGUGGUGAAACUCCACCAGGUUGUGGCAACCAUGACGGUGGUGUGUUUGAGGCUGCUUUUGCUCCUCCCCCUGGUUUGCUGUGUCCCCUCCCCCUCUAGACCUCCUUCUAGACUCUGCAGACGUUGCUGCGACCACCAAGAGCUGCCAGCAGCUACAGCCCAAUACCAGAUGCCAGAGAUCCGCACUGUUGUCAACAUGACCAUCCUCAAAGGUGAUAAAGGAGACAAAGGUGACAAAGGUACACCUGGAAAACCAGGUCUGGAGGGCCCUCCUGGCUUCCGAGGACCUGUGGGCCCUAAAGGCAGCAAAGGCCAGGCAGGUGCCCCCGGAGACGCCUGCAAGAUCCCCUACUCUUCCUUCUCGGUGGGACGUCGAAAGUCCCUGCACAGCUUGGACUACUAUCAGGCACUGGUGUUCGACACAGUGUUCGUUAACCUCCACGAGCACUUCAACAUGUUCAAGGGAAAGUUCUACUGCUACGUGCCGGGGAUCUACUUCUUCAACGUCAACAUCCACACCUGGAACUUCAAGGAGACCUAUCUUCACCUGAUGCACAACGACAGGGAGCAGGUGAUCCUGUACGCUCAGCCCAGUGAAAGGUCCAUCAUGCAGAGUCAGAGCGUUAUGUUGGAUCUGGCUCUGAAUGACGAGGUGUGGGUCCGACUCUACAAGAGGGAGAGGGAGAACGCCAUUUACAGCGACGACGUGGAUGUUUACAUCACCUUCAAUGGAUACCUGGUGGCACCUAGCAUCCAGUGAAAAUAUGACAGCUGGAUUAAUGAGAGGAUUGGCAGAAUCUCUGGGUCAGAUUUAGUUGUUAGUUUUUUUGGCCAUGGAUACUGCUUUGUGCCAUGAAAGAAGAACUAAAUAGACGAUAAUACAAGUUUGGUGCUUUCUAAAAUAUUCCUUUCAGCCUGGAGAGGAACAUACUGUACUUUCUUAAAUGCGGACUGCCCAAAAUAUAUUAGCAUUAAAAGGAAUAAUAAAAAGGAGAAAGGUGGAGCAGCAUACAAUUAGGAAAGAAUGUUGAAUGACUUCCUUUGCACUAGAAAUACACUUUCGUACAAAGCCAAACAUUUUUUCCUACUUUUGUGCUGCACUGGUUUUCCUCUUUUCAGGGACUUUGUAAAAAGUUGUAUUACUUGUCAGGAAUCAGGAAUCUGUGCAAUCAUUCAUAUAUUUGUGCUAUGAUGAUUCUUAACACAGGCACAGUAUCUGACAGAUUAAAUGUGUUUGGACAGACUGCUGUCAUGCUUUAAGAAUGUUUCCUCUGUGCCUUCAGAACAGCACUUUAAAGGGUCAGUUCACCUACUUAAAAAAAACAAAAAACACAUCAUCCCACAUGGUAGAGGUCUUCAUGACCCGGUCCAAAUUAUACUCAGCCUAUUAGAUGGGAUGUUGCUGCUCUUUUUGGUUACUUGUUAAUUGGUAGCACAUCAUGCUGCUGCCUUCCUCUGUGGAACCAUUUUGACUGUGCUCGUGGCUCUUCAUGUGUCAGUUAAAGUGGACUGCCAAGCUCAAAAUUGUCAGUUAACAGUAACAGUUACUUCCCUAUCAUCUUGGCAUGGCACACCUCAACAUCUGCUGUCUCCCAAGUGUGUCGAAGUGGAUAAAUACAGUCAGAUUCUGCAACAAUUCAGACCCUUGGAUCUCUUCCUACAGAAGUCCUGUGAAACUAAAGGACUUUACUUAGACAGGGAUGUCUUUUGUGGUGCUCUAAGCUUUAAAAAUCACAAGAAGCUCUGCUUCUUUCCAGACAGUGAUGUGGCUAAUCAUGCAAAUUUGAAGACAUCACUGUUAUAACUUUACAGUGAGACUAUUUUCCACUGAUGAAAUUGUCCCAUUGAAAACUGUCCAGAAUGUAACGUCUUAAAAAUCCCUCUUAAUAAACCAAAAUCUAGUGGAAAUAAUAUUUGUUAUUUCUUGAACUGACCCUUUAAACGUGAACACAUCCCAACAUAUCAAAAAUGAUUUUUUUAAAAAACUAUGGUGCUUUCUUAUCAAAUGCAGGAGUGCAAUAGGAUUUUUAAAGAUUAAAUAUCAUGUAUUACAGAGACUUCAAACUGCAGAGCAGUUUAUGUAAAUAGCUGUAUAAUAUCUGUCUUUAUAGCUCAUAUCUGUGCUAACACGCUGUUGGGGCUGGACUGUGUAUGUUUGUAUUUUUGUGUAUUUCCUCCUUCACUAUCCAAGUAUCUCUUUGUUCUGUAUCACUCAACAGCAAAGAGACACUUGAUUAUAAAGAAAUUAAAAGUUUUCAUAAUUUCACAUGAAA